GGGAAGGGUCUCCUUGGUCGUGGAUAUAAAGGCAGACCUCGAUCCGCUGUCUGUUGCUUGAUUUCAAUUCUACUGUGCACCCCUACAAGCAUAAAUUUCACUCUAUAAGAAACAAACCCUCUUUCUUUCCCGAAAAAGUGGUAUCUCAAAUCAACAUGCCUGAUACCGAAGACCUUGUUCAAGACGGACCCUACGGCGGCCCCGGAGGCAAAGCCUACGAUGCAAGAGGAAAAAGGGUCGUGAAUCUUCAAACCUGGAGGGCCAACUACAAUAACUACGACGUGCUUGGCGCCAUCGAGUUUGGCUUCGAAGACGGUACUUCGAGCGGCCGGAUUGGCGGCGGAGACCCGAGUGUUAACUACUACCCGGAUCAACCAUUUUCUUUCCAGUCUGGUGAGGUCAUCAAGAGUAUGACUUUCUAUGCUGGCGAUAAUGAGGGGUACUGCGACGGGUUCAAAUUUGACACCAAUCUUAACCAUCAUUUCGAAGGUGGUAAUACAGAAAUUGGAAAACCGAAUCCCGUGUCCGCCCUUGGCAACGGCGAAUGGGCUGGAGCUACGGGAAGAGAUGGCAGCCAUGGUGCUGACGCUGUUGUCGAUAACAUGAUUCUAUCCAGUUAUUAA